CGGGAAUCCAGAGCACGACCUGGGAGGACGGAGCCAGGCAGCCGGGACAGCCGCGGGAGCCGCGUGCUCAACCUGUCCCCGCCCAGGGAACCAGAGCCUCCAACUAACUCCGCCCGCCGCCCGCGGGCUCGGGCUUCCGUCCCGGAGAGAGCCUGCGGCCGCGCAGGUUCCGAAUGAUGAGUGACGCGGGUCUGCGUGAUAGCCCUCACAGCCCCUGUCAUUGCGAGCGAUAAGGACCUCGCACGUCCAGCAGCCGCCCCGGGCUCAAGGCGCUCUGGAGGGCGGGCGGCUCCCGCGGGCGGAGCGGACUCCAGCGCCGCUUCCCACGCACCGGGACCAGAUCCCGGGGACCCGGCUGGCCGCGCGUCGCCCGGGGCCAUGAAGUAGCAGUGGCCGCCAGCCCUGCCCUCCCGCCGGUCCGGCUGCUGCCCGCUGCCCGGCCCCAGCUCGGACAUGGCCGGACGCGCCAGCAGCGUGCUGCUGGUGCUGCUGCUCGCCUUACAAGGCAGCUGCCUGGCCUUCAGAAGCCCACUUUCUGUCUUUAAGAGAUUUAAAGAAACUGCCAGAUCAUUUUCCAAUGAAUGCCUUGGUACCACCAGACCUGUAACUCCUAUUGAUUCAUCAGAUUUUGCACUGGAUAUCCGCAUGCCUGGGGUUACACCUAAAGAGUCUGACACAUACUUCUGCAUGGCCAUGCGUCUGCCUGUGGAGGAGGAAGCCUUCGUGAUUGACUUCAAACCACGUGCCAGCAUGGAUACAGUCCAUCAUAUGCUACUUUUUGGAUGCAAUAUGCCUUCGUCCACUGGAAAUUACUGGUUUUGUGAUGAAGGAACCUGUACAGAUAAAGCCAACAUUCUGUAUGCCUGGGCGAGAGAUGCUCCCCCGACCCGGCUCCCCAAAGGUGUUGGAUUCAGAGUUGGAGGAGAAACUGGAAGUAAAUACUUUGUCCUUCAAGUUCACUAUGGGGAUAUUAGUGCUUUUCGAGACAAUCACAAGGACUGCUCUGGUGUGUCUUUGCAUCUCACACGUGUGCCACAGCCUUUGAUUGCCGGCAUGUAUCUUAUGAUGUCUGUUGACACUGUGAUACCCCCAGGAGAGAAAGUGGUGAAUGCUGAUAUUUCGUGCCAUUAUAACACAUAUCCAAUGCAUGUGUUUGCCUACAGGGUCCAUACUCAUCAUUUAGGUAAGGUAGUAAGCGGAUACAGAGUCAGAGAUGGACAGUGGACGCUGAUUGGACGCCAGAGCCCGCAGCUGCCGCAGGCUUUCUACCCUGUGGAACACCCAGUAGAUGUUACUUUUGGUGAAAUCCUGGCAGCAAGAUGUGUGUUCACUGGUGAAGGAAGGACAGAAGCCACCCACAUUGGUGGCACAUCGAGUGAUGAAAUGUGCAACCUAUACAUUAUGUAUUACAUGGAAGCCAAAUAUGCAGUUUCCUUCAUGACCUGUACACAGAAUGUGGCUCCGGAUAUGUUCAGAACUAUACCAGCAGAGGCCAACAUUCCAAUUACUGUCAAAUCUGACAUGGUUAUGAUGCAUGGCCAUCACAAAGAAACGGAAAACAAAGACAAGACAGCUCUAAUCCAGCAGCCAAAGCAUGACAGGGAAGAGGUAUUGGAGCAAGGUGGUUUCUAUUCACUGCUUUCCAAGCUGCUAGGAGAGAGGGAAGGUGUGGUUCAUGUGCACAGACAUAACCCCGCAGAGAAGGCAGACUCCGGUUCAGACCCGCUAGCUGAGAUUGCGAACAUAGUCCAGAAAAAGGACCUGGGUCGACCUGAUGCCAGAGAGGGUGCAGAGCGUGAGGAGAGGAGGGGUAAUGCUAUUCUAGUCAGAGACAGAAUCCACAAAUUCCACAGACUAGAGUCAACCCUGAGGCCAGCUGAGAGCAGAGCUUUCUCUUCACAGCAGCCUGGUGAAGGUCCCUGGGAACCAGAACACACAGGAGAUUUCCAUGUGGAGGAGGCCCUGGACUGGCCGGGAGUGUACUUGUUACCGGGCCAGGUCUCUGGUGUGGCACUGGAUUCUAAGAAUAACCUAGUGAUUUUCCACAGAGGUGACCAUGUUUGGGAUGGAAACUCUUUUGACAGCAAGUUUGUUUACCAACAAAGAGGCCUUGGACCAAUUGAAGAAGAUACCAUUCUAGUCAUCGAUCCAAAUAAUGCUGCAAUUCUCCAAUCCAGUGGGAAGAACCUGUUUUAUUUACCACAUGGCUUGAGCAUAGAUAAAGAUGGAAAUUACUGGGUCACAGAUGUGGCUCUUCAUCAGGUGUUCAAACUGGACCCACAUAGCAAAGAAGGCCCUCUCUUAAUUCUGGGAAGGAGCAUGCAGCCGGGGAGUGACCAGAGUCACUUCUGCCAGCCCACUGAUGUGGCUGUGGACCCCAGCACAGGCGCCAUCUUCGUGGCAGAUGGUUACUGCAACAGUCGGAUUGUGCAGUUUUCACCAAGCGGAAAGUUCAUCACCCAGUGGGGAGAAGAAUCUUCCGGGAGCACUCCCAAGCCAGGCCAGCUCAGCGUUCCUCACAGUCUGGCCCUUGUGCCUCAUUUGGACCAGUUGUGUGUGGCAGACAGGGAAAAUGGCCGGAUCCAAUGUUUCAGAACUGACACCAAAGAAUUUGUGCGAGAGAUUAAACAUGCAUCGUUUGGAAGAAAUGUAUUCGCAAUUUCAUAUAUACCAGGUUUGCUCUUUGCGGUAAAUGGGAAGCCCUACUUUGGAGACCACGAACCUGUACAGGGCUUUGUAAUGAACUUUUCCAGUGGGGAGAUUAUAGAUGUCUUCAAGCCAGUACGCAAGCACUUGGAUAUGCCUCAUGAUAUCGUCGCUUCUGAAGAUGGCAAUGUGUACAUUGGAGACGCGCACACGAACACCGUGUGGAAGUUCACCCUGACUGAAAAAAUGGAGCAUCGAUCGGUGAAAAAGGCAGGCAUUGAGGUCCAGGAUAUCAAAGUUACUCCCCAUUUAAAAGCAGGAGAGAAAGACGGCACACAUCCACAUGCCCCCAUGAGCAGGUGAAGGCGUAACUCACAAACAAUUGGGGCCAGAUGAAGUCGUAAGUCACAAACACGCAGGUAACUGAAUCACAGGCAUACAUGUGAGCUUGUCUACAGGUAAGCAGCUACUAUACCCUGUCUAUUCAAAAGCUCUGUCUUCUUACUUUUUCCUCUCCGAGAACCAGUUCGAACCUGCAGCUUCUCUGCGCGGUGUAAGUUUUUGACUGGUGCUGUGUUGUUAAGGACCCUCCGUGCUUAUAACCAAGUGAUUCCCUUCUUCAUAUUGAACCUGGAGAUCUUCAGACUCAAGUCUAGGCAUCUUUGUUUUCCUGCCUCAUGACAGCAGGUUGGAAAGACAUGCAGAGCCAGGACCAAAAGGGAGUUCAUGCAGGCAGAAGAGAAAGACAGUAGGCUCCGCAUUGAAAGGGCUGAGAGAACAUAAUUGAGAAAAUAAACUGCAAUUGCUUGACAUUGGUAGAGAUUCUGCCCAGGGGACCAUAUAGGGUGGUGCUCAUAUUACUCAAAUACACAUACAGGUUUUAAAUCAUUGCUAUUUAUAUAGUAUUAUUGAUGUUAUGUUUAUCCCCAAAUAAACAUGAUUUAAAAGAUAUUAUUGUUAAUAACAGCUAUCAUAUAUGGAACACUAAAACUGAACAAUACAAAAAAAAGUAUCAAAUAUAAUCCUACUACCAUGUGAUAUUUAUUUUACACAUGAGGAAGUAUGGAUGGCUAUUACAAAGGAGAAAGUAAGUAUUAAAGUCAGGUUUUAAAUGCAAGUCUCUUGAUGUCAAAUCCUGGGUUCUUAGCCAUUGCUGCAGUGUUAAGGACAGAUCAAUCCUGUCAGCACAUCAAUCCAUUCGCUGUAAGUUCUUCCAAGAAUGCAGGCAGUUAGGAAUGAUUUGCAGUUUGUGUUCCAAUCUCUUGAACUGUAAAUUAUUUCAAAGUAUUUCCGUUUAAAUAUGCCUUACCAAAACGUUCUUGAUGAUAAUAUGUGGGAAACAGUCCAAUUUUUCUGACCUGACCUCACCUUAGCUGUUUGCUGAAGGGAAAACAGUGAGCCCAUUUAGAUGGAAAACCUCCCAGUCUUGGGGCAGAACCCAGCAGUCUAAAUGGUGAAUUUUAUGUCAGUGUCUACAAAACAAUUCAGUCUAAUAGUCGGGAAUAUCCCACCUCAAACAGAGAUACUUUGUUCCUUGAACCCAAAUAAUUCUUGUUCUUCUAUAAGUUAUAUUCUUUUUUUUAAUUUAUUUAUUUAUUUAUUAAAGAUUUCUGUCUCUUCCCCACCGCCGCCUCCCCUUUCC